UCACAUUCGGUGCCGACAGCGACUGCCAUUCUUGCAUUCGUGUACAUUUUGAUUCGGUGUUCGCCUCGACUACGCUCCAGCAACUUUCUCUACUAAAACUUAACUGAAAAUGGGCUCAGGAAAGCAACAAAAAGUGCAAUCUUCUGGAUUCACCAAAGAGGAGGAGCUGCUCCUGCAGGAUUUUAGCCGUAACGUGAGCACCAAGUCCUCGGCGCUGUUUUACGGCAAUGCCUUCAUCGUGUCCGCUGUGCCAAUCUGGCUCUUCUGGCGCAUCCACAACAUGGACCUGUGGCCCAGCUCCAUCCUGUUCGUGCUGGUGACUGCCGCUAGCACCUACUUGAUGGCCACCGCCUACAAGAACAUCAAGUUCCAGCUAAAGCACAAGAUCGCCGGACGCAGGGAGGAGGCCGUUACCCGCGAGGUGAACCGUCAGGUGGGCGACGACAAGAAGGUGACCCGCAAGGAGAAGGACGAGCGCAUUCUGUGGAAGAAGAACGAGGUGGCCGACUACGAGGCCACCACCUUCGCUAUCUUCUACAACAACGCCAUCUACCUGGCCGUGAUUAUCUUCAUCAGCUUCUUCCUGCUGAAGAACUCCACGCCGUUCGUUAACUACAUCUUUUCGGUGGGCAUCGCCAGCGGCGCCCUGGCGCUCUUCUCCACCAGCGCCCAAUCGAACUGAACAAACAUCCCUUCAUGACUUGCCAUGUUCAUGUACUCGUAAUGUAAGGCCCUUUAAGAGAUUCCCUUGGACAGCGGGCAAGAAUUCCGUUCAUCGGUCGUGUGUGGCACCGGUCCGUUCUUCAUCCUCCAGUCCCAUGCCGACCAGCAUUUCCAGCAGCGCGAACAUAGCAAUUUUAUAGUGUAAACACAAACUUGUUGUCUUUCUUGUAGAAAGCUGAUCAACUUCCAUACGCAGAUGAUUUAAUAAAUUGUAAAGUUAAA